UAGUACUUCAUAUAAGGUAUCUGGUUACUAAUAAAUAAAAAUUAAUAAAAUGGAUAUAAGUGGAAUAUUUCCUCCAAUUCCAACACCUUUUAAUAAAGAGGAAGAGAUUGAUUAUGUCAAAUUAAAAGAAAAUGUCCAGAAAUGGAAUGAGAUCCCAUUUAAAGGUAUGCAAGAAAGAGACAAGGCUGCAAGAGCAGUAUUUUCUUCAUAGUCAUAGGCAUACAAGAUAGGGGUGCAGGGGGUAACUGAUUAUUUCAUUGCAACCUCCUUACAGACCUUACAAAUUCGGGCAAACUUUCAAGUGCCCUUUUAAGUAACCCUGUCGGUUGCUUCAUUAAUAAUAUAUGUGCUACAGUGUACAUUCCAGAUGGGAUACGAGGAUUCCAAGUUUUGGUAUCCCCCCCUGAAAAUCUGGCAUCCCACUUCUGGAUACUGCUUACCAUAUUUCCAAAUUUUAGUGUCCUGUCAAUAUUGGGAUAUUACUGCAAAUUUCAGACCCUACUACGAACCCAGCAUGGAAAGGGAAGGUAGCCAAUAGCAUUUCUGCAUGCCAUAUAGGAUAUGUUGUGCAAGGAUCAAAUGGUGAGUUUGCUUAUAUGGAUCCUGAUGAAAGAGUUAAACUUGUGGAGAAGGUUCGAGAAUUUGCUCCAAAAGAAAAAUUAAUAAUUGCUGGUGCAGCAUGUGAAGGUAUUUGCCUUAUAAUAUAGUGUGCAUAUAUUUAUAUACUUAUUUCUAUUGAGACAUCAUUGCCACGCUGGCAUCUUCAUGGGACAGAAGUUCUAUCUAUAAGUUUCUUGCAUUUAUAUUUUUCAAUGUAGUUUUGUUCGCCUCAAAGUUGCCAAUUGGCCUUAUAUCACGUCACUGUCAGACAGUGAAUAUUUCAAUUUGACCCACAUGUGUCCCAUUACACACAGACUAUGUCGUAGUCUAGUCCCACAUUGCAUCGCACAUACCUAAUGUUCUAAUGGUUCAGUCAUUGAAGAUUGUGUGACGUAAGCACUUUUUGGGGUUAUAGAAAACUUGAAGAUUCCUUCAUUGCAUGAGACAGCUGUAGCACUGUAACUUUGAUGUAAAAGGAACUGUACUAUUUGCUCUACCUUUGUGAUACCAACAAAACACUUAUUUUCAAAUUAUAAUGUAACAUAUGUAUGCAACAUAUGUACACACAUGUGUACCUAUUUUUAUGCAAUGUGUUUAAAUUUCAUUUGGAAAUGAGUUAUACAGAUCAGUGGUCAGCACUAUUUGACGUUGUUUUGAAUGUCUAAAUUUGUGCUGUUUAAUAUUAUGAAUUUUUCCAGGUACAAACCAAACCAUAAAUAUGGCACAAAAGAUGGCAUCUGUAGGAGCGGACUCAGUUCUUGUUGCUACUCCGUGUUUUUAUAAGUCUGGUAUGACCAAAGAAGCUCUAGAAAUGCAUUAUAUUAAGGUAUAUGAACAGCUACACUAAAUUGUUUUGUAAGAAAUACCAGCGAUCACAUACAAUGUUCAAGUGUGCUCAAUUUGCAUUUACCAGGUGGCCGACUCCUGCCCAGUACCUGUGAUCCUAUACAGCGUUCCAGCUAAUACUGGUAUUGAUCUGCCUGAAGAAGUAAUCGUUAAUUUAUCAAAACAUCCAAAUAUCAUUGGACUAAAAGACAGUGGAGGAAAUGUAUGAUAACAUAUAAACUAGAAAGUGAAAUUGCAAAUUUUGAAGGAGGCGGAAAAAAACAACAUUUUAGACAUUUAGAGAACGUUAUUAUGUGGUCAUUGCAUCCGUUGUUUUAUUCAUACUGUUUACUAUUCUUGUGUCUAGAUCACAAAAAUUGGAAGUGUCAUUCACCGAACUUUGAAAGGAAGAUUUCAAGUCUUGGCUGGUUCUGCUUCCUUCCUCUAUGCAUCGCUUAGUCUAGGUAAUGAACGUCGCUGUAGAACAGCAUGCAAAGUCGUGCACAUCAAAUUUUCAUGGGGGCAAAAAGUGACAAUUCUUCCUUCCCAAGGAGCAUUGUUCCAAAGCUAGUCAUGCCGGCUUUUGGACGAGGAAAAUUUCGUGUGUACGGCCGCAAUCGUAGCCUAGCCCUUACACUCCGUUUUUUUUUAAUGAACAAUAUUUAGGGGCUGUUGGUGGAGUGUGCGCAUUGGCCAAUGUUUUGGGCAGAGAAGUUUGUAAGUUGGCUGAGUUGCAUAAGAUGGGUGAGCAUGAAAAAGCCAAAGAACUGCAACAUCAACUUAUCUUGCCAAAUACUGCUGUAAGUUAUAACAAAUGGAUAGCUUUUAAUUUUUUUAUGUGAGAUCCGAAAAUGAGAUCUGGAGUGGAUUCAUAUCGAAUCCUAAGAAGACGAUUGUACCUUUAAGAGAGUGCACGAGAGAUACGUCUUGGUCAAACGAGGAUAUUUAAGCGAGAGUUUGCAUGAGAUUCUCUCUCAUAACUCCUGUCCUCGUUUGAUCGGAGUUGUUGACUGAUAAUUACCACGCGUAGCAAAAAUUCUCAUCAAAAUUUGAACCAACCCAAAGUUGAUGAGACGACAUGGGAGUCGAUGACAGUUACCGGUCGGGUCAAACAGGGGCGACAGUCGCAGCUCUCUCAUCCUCGACCUCGUUUAGACCGAUAUUCACACUACACAACUUUUUCCUAAAACUGUCGCAUGCAACCUGUUUACAACACGAGUUGUACUGCGUGUAUCAAGCACAUAACUCACCUACGACAACGCAAGCUACAAGUUUCUCAAUAACAUCGUGUUAACAACUUAUUGAAUUGCAGGACAAUUACAAGUAGUUGUAACAUCUUGUAACAAGUUUGUUUGGUUACUAACCUUGCGUCUGGUACGCGUCUGUAAGAAGUUGCUAUCAAGCUAGCUGGUGACAUGUAUGGCUAAUAUGAGAGCCGUUGGAAAGAUGUUUGCUGCAGGACUAACAUGUCAUUUGCACUCUCUUUAUACUCAUUGUCAAAUCUUCUCAAUGUAGGUGACAGCGAGACACGGAAUUGCAGGUCUUAAGACGGCUAUGGAAAUGUUUGGAUAUUACGGAGGACCUACUAGAUCACCAUUAUUACCACUCAAACAAGACCAGAUUGACGAUGUCAAGCACAUUUUUGAACCAUUCUUGUGAGAGACAAUAUUACAGGUGUAUGAAAUCGUAUCACUCCAUCUAGCUUGAGUUGUGGACGUACUUUGCAAUAUAAAUUUAGUUAGAUCCUUCAAACAGACUGCUCAAACAGAGUUUAUUCAAAAUGUUUCCUCCAAAAUUAUUCAUCAUUGUUGGACACUUGUGUGAAAAUCAAUGCUCAGCAUAAGAGCCCAUUUUCCACUAGGCGAAUUUGUUCGCGCGAAGCGAAAAACAAAUCUUGGCAAUGACCAAUGUGAUUGGUCAGUGAAAAAAUUUGCCGCGAAAAAGUUGGACAGUUCCUACUUUUUUACUGUUCGCGCGAACAAAUUCGUCUAGUGGAAAAUGAGCUUAAAGUACGUAAAAGAAUCAUCACAAAAUGAAAUUUUUAAAAGAUUUACAACAUUCGGUCCGCCUUGGUUGAUCGAUGCCUCGCACCCAAUACUCGUGAUGGUAAUACAGAAAUUCAGUUAAUUCACCCAAACAAAAAUCACACUUUAGAUACCAGUACGUCUUAUUUAGUAUAUUCUAUGUCACUAUGGUACAAAGGAAUGGAAUCUAGCAUACUACGUACAUAAUUUGUGAACUUCACGCAAUGCAAGCCUGGACCAGUUAACAAUAAUAGAACAUUAAUAAGAAACAAAAUAUACAUAAUUUAUACAACUAUGAAUUGUGACAUAUGAAAACACGAGAUUGGGGUUUAGUUAGGUAUGCGUUUACACACGAUGGGUCGGGCAUAAUACGAGAUUUAUGUGAAAUCGUCAACUUUUAGCUGGGAUUCAUUCAGUUCUCAAAUUAAAAUACCAUGACAGAUCGUGAAGUAAACGUUGCCGAACAGCAUGUGAAACCUUUCACCACCAGGGUUGAGUUCACUCCAGGUGUUUCAUGUGUCAUGUCCUCCCAUUUUUAUAUCAAUACUCAAUAAUCCAUUUUACUCGUCGAAGAAAACUUGGGCCAACGAGCUGGGAGGGUUUACCAAUUGGGGGCAAUCAGUAUUAAUGCGCUGGUAAAUGUAAAUUCCUGCCCCCCCCCCCCCCUCCGAAAAAUGGCGGGGAACAACGGGAAAAAAUUACUCCUUUCAACGACGGCGAAAUUCUUCGCGAGAAAAAGCACCCGUGAAAAUCAGGCCUUCAAGCGUGCUUUCCACAAGUUCAGUGACGUUAGGCCCCGCCAUUUUCCAGGUUGGGCGAACUUGUGGUGAUCAACCAUGACACACACUGACCCCCACCCUUUCCCGUGAUCCAUACUUAAAAUAUAAAAUAUUUGCUAACUCGUGUUAAUUAUUCACUAUUGAGUAUGACGUAUGAACAGUAUAUAUAUAUAUAGUGUGAACAAGUCCAGUUUACAGAUUAAAAAACAUUCCAACUCGAAACCAGAACUUGUUGCGAUUCCAAAAAAGAAGUGCUACACGUAUUUUUUUUCUGUCAUGUUUUAUCAUGGCCGCUAAAAGUAAGAUUUGGAGUUGAUCCAAAGAAUUAUUUGUAGUUCGAUGUUUGGCAUGAUUUUGUUUCGUGAAAACAAUGUCAGGACCAUUUAACUUGUUAAUAACCAUCGACUACUUGACAUCCUAGCGACCUAGAU